GACAAGUUCACAUUAGCGAGUUCAUCCCUAUAGGCUCGUGGACUGUGUUUCUAUUUGAUUUUGGAUCUGUCUUUUUUCAUUUUUGCUUCAAACCGAUGCAGGUAUGCUUGCAAAUGAUUGUAAUCUCAGCGUAGUUUUGCAGUCUUAACAGAAGCAGUUUUACUGCACGUUGGAGCCUUUCAAUUUUUAUUAGGGAUAUGGUUUAUGGUUAUCACAGAUGGUGUUAUCUCCCUUGUCAAGUAGGCCUUGUAACUGAAAUUAAGAAUACUGGUUUGAGAGCUUGUCUUCCCGUUGUCUUAGUUUAAUUUAAGGCAGAGAGAAUUAAGGGUAAUGGUUUCAAAAUGUUAGUUGCUCACCAUAGAGAUGGUGGUUCAGUGAAUGUUUGGGCUUUCGGUGGUUUUGAAUGGUAGAGAAGGUUUCGACGAAUCCCUUGCUCUUGCUAAGUUGACUGGUUUGGAUCAUUAUUUUUUUCGCUAUCUUGGCACUGAUACAUGUAAAUAUAUUGUGCUCCCGUCACUGUGGUUUGUGAAUAUGGAGCUUCCUCAUAAGCAUGAUAGAGCUCUGCUGGGUUACCAUGUCUAAACGCUUCUGAACAUUAAUAUUGAGAUUGUGAUUAUGGUAUUGUGUGUCGUACUUAAGAUCAUUUUUUUAUUGUUGGGUUAAUACCCUAGUUUGGCCCGAAGUUUAGCAUAAGUGACAGUUUUGGCUCCAUUUUUCUUAUAAGACAUUUACAGCCUACUUUUGAAAUUAUUAGACAGAUUUGGCCCGAAACUUAUAUUGAUCGUUAAUAUUAACGGUCAAAUACUUAUUCCGUUAGUGACUCAGCAAAAAACUGCUGAUGUGGUUUAUGUAAGGUGACAUGUCAUUAAAUAAUAAUAAAUUUUUAAUUUUGUCCACCAAUUAAUAAUAAAAAAUAAAAACCCAAAAUCCCCAAACCUCCGACCCUCAUAUCUUCCUCCCGCCGCCUCCGUCCCGACUGGUUCAUCCCCUUCUUCCUCUCCUCUAGCGUAAGCAACCGGAGGCUGAAUCAUCGCCCCCCAGAAACGAAGAGACUCCGAAGUCUGAAGCAUCCGCCGCCGUCGUUGCAGAAUCGGGGCUCUAAACCACCAGCCAGACUGAGUACGAAGAGACUCUUAACCACCAUUCUUCCUCUCCACCGGCGAAGCAACCGAAGCAAGAACCAAUACUGGCCAUGGCGGAUCAGACGGAAUCUCGAGAAGGAAGCUCGUCAGGGGAAGUCACCACCAGAUCUAGAUUCUUUUUUCCCCUCGGUAAUUAGAUAUGGAUUCUUUCAAUCCUGGGUGGGCGGGUGUAACGAAUGCCUACAGCUCUCCUCUCCUUGCCCAGGGGCGCAUGCGCAUCUACCGGCGACAUUUGGCUGGCGCUCUCUCACUCGAGCUCUUAGUCUCGCCGGCGGUUCCGCUGUGUGCUAUGUAUAUUGAUCCUGCAAAAAAUAGAAAUUUCGUUAGAAGAGGCGGGGUUCCCAAAGGGGUGGUACAUCAACGACAGCUGAUGAGAAUAGUUUCUCUUUGUUAUCGACGGCGGCGGGUGGAGGAAGCGGCGAAGGGGAGAGAGGGAUCGUUGUGGAGAAGCUGGAUCCGGUCAUGGAUGAUGACUUUGUGGGUCGGAACCGCCGUCGGGGUGGCAGGGGAGGAUCGACCGUUUACUCCACCUGGAGUCUGGAGCUUCGAUUUUGUUCUCGGCGGAGCACAUCGCAGCCUUCGGAUGAUGUAGCGGAGGGACUGGAGAUGGAGAAGCAUGGUGAUUUUUUUUGAAUUCGAGAAGAAUGAAGUGGAUUUAGACCGAAACAGAGAGGAGGAAGUGGAGCGGAUCCAUCUUUGGGGAUGUUAGGAUUUUAGGGUUUGAAUUUGGGGAUUUUGGGUUCAUAAGAGGAUUUUUAUUUUAAUUGAAAUAUAAAAUUAAAAUAAUGUUUUAAUGACGUGGCAUGCCACAUCAGUGGUUUUUUGCUGAAUCACUAACAGAAUAGUGUUUGACCGUUAAUAUUAACGGUCAAAGAAAAUUUUAGGCCAAAUUUGUCAAAUAGUUUCAAAAGUAGGCCAUAAAUGUCUUAUUUGAAAAAUGGGGCUAGAACUGUCACUAACGCUAAACUUCGGGCCAAACUAGGGUAUUAACCCUUUAUUGUUCACUUGUGAAUUAUUUCACCAUGAAGGUAGCCUCUAAAUGCUAGAGUUCACAUAUAGGGUGUCACCACUAACUAAUCUGGAGGUCUUAGACACAGGUUCAGAUGACUGACUAUGGUCUUGGACAUGGGGAAAAUGCCUUUUAGGUGGUGGAAGUAUUCAUGGCACAAGGUUCCAUAAUUUCAAACCCAACACACUCGCAGUCAAUCAAACCACUCUUUCUUUCUGUCAUUCUGCAUUAUUUACAUUCUUUAGAGCACAAGAGCGAAGAAAGUCACAUAAAUCUUAGUAGUUCCAAGCCACACUGCUAAGAAACACUACUCAAUGGGCGCUAUUCAGAUUUUGUGGUGGCGGCUCUCUUUUGUUUUCAUUCACUUUUUUUUUUCAUUUCUUAAGAGAACCACCACCUAUGCACAUUUUGCAAACACAUGCACUUUUUAUUUUUUUCAAGAACUACCUCCAACUCUCACAUUAUAUUUAGCAGAAACAGCAGAGAACAUGGAGAUCUCACUCUGUGGAACUUUCUAAAAGAUGCAAAAGGGUGAUUUUCCAUUGUAAACCGAAAGAAAGGAUAACACACGGCUCAAAGGGCUGACUCGGGGGUAUGACAUAUCAGGACAGUCAAUUUGGUCGUGGGCUAAUCCUAUGCCUCCAUCAUCUUAGUUUAAUUUAAGACAGAGAAUUAAGGGUAAUGGUUUCAAAAUGUUAGUUGCUCACCAUAGAGAUGGUGGUUCAGUGAAUAUCUGGGCUUUCGGUGGUUUUGAAUGGUAGAGAAGGUUUCGACGAAUGCCUUGCUCUUGCUAAGUUGACUGGUUUGGAUCAUUAUUUUUUUCGCUAUCUUGGCACUGAUACAUGUAAAUAUAUUGUGCUCCCGUCACUGUGGUUUGUGAAUAUGGAGCUUCCUCAUAAGCAUGAUAGAGCUGCUGGGUUACCAUGUCUAAACGCUUCUGAACAUUAAUAUUGAGAUUGUGAUUAUGGUAUUGUGUGUCGUACUUAAGAUCAUUUUUUGUUUCACUGUAAGUUAUUGUUCACUUGUUGCGAAUUAUUGCACAGGGUGGAAUUCGAGUUUAUAUUUGCGAGCAUGAGACACUACCUCCAGGUCUGUUUAUUAUCUGUGCUUUCGAAUGAUUCUGCUGUGAUCUCUGUACUAUUGCUUAAAUGAUGUAGAUAGAACCAGUUUAGGAGUACUUCUAUGUCAUUAAGUUAAUGGGAUUCAGAGUAAGACAAGAUGUUUAUUUAUGUGAACCUGGGCCGUGAUGAUUUUUUGCUUGCUGAUAAAUGUUCUCCUGUCAUCCAUGAUAAACAAAACUGCUAAUGCUAUAUUAUUGUGAAUAUGAAGAGGCUAACUUUCCUUAAUCUUACAUCAGAGGACCAGCUGAUACACACGAACCAGACAAACAUAUUGAUUAGAUCACUCCAGCUUAAGAAACAGAAGGGUGAACCUGGUCCAAAAGAUGCAAACGGAUCAAAUGCAGCCGAGGGUUCCAGGAAGAGGUAUUUCCUUACAUGUUUCAUGAAAGAGAGCUAUAUCGGCAUAAUCUGCUUGUCUUUGAUUUCAAUAGAAUUUUACUUUCAAGUUCACUAACACCUAAUAGUAAGUUGUUAUCUGCUACCUGAUUAUUCGUGCCGCUAAUGAAUCACAUUAGUUUCUGAUGUGCAAUGCUUUCCUUUUUUCCAGGGCCUCGGAAAAAGUUAUGGAUGGGAGGGCGUCGGCUAAGAGAAGCAACAACCAAAAUGGUCCUGGUGAGAGCUCCAUUUUCUUGGUUUAUCAGAGAUCCUGCGAGCUUGGUGUUUUUGACAUUUGGUUCUUUGCCUAAAUGCUUGAUGCAUAAUCAUUUUGUCUGUAUCAAUGAUCCUUCUCUUUGGGGUUUGCAGAGGGGUCUGGAAGUCGGACGUCUGACAAGGAUUUGUACAGUUUGACAGUAGAGAGGCUCCGUGUUCUGCUAAAGGAGAGAGGCCUUUCACCAAAAGGGAAGAAGGUAAGACAAUCCUUCUGUUGGUUGUUGUUCUCGGCGCAAUUGUUGCUGCGUCCAUGAGCCUUUUUACUUUACAAGGGCAUUUCGUUGGGAUCUUUUGCAGUCAUUCGAAGAAUUGAAUUUCUUGAAAUUUUUGCAGGAUGAACUGGUUGCCAGAUUGAGAAGUGCCAACGGGUAACUGUACAAUAGAGGUAGGCAGUGCAAUAUUCGGGAGCGCUGGCAUGGCAGGAAAACGAGUAGGCAAUUUUUGGUGUGUAAAGUGGCAGAUGGUACUUGUAGGGAGGGGGUUAAAGAGAAGGAAGACGAAACAGAAAACAAGUACCGUAGGUUAUGAUUGUGAUUGUCGCUGCUGCGGCAUUGUCUACUGUAUGUACCAUAGUUUGGGUGUUUCUUGAAAUUUCCUUUUGGUGUCCCUUUGAAUACUGGCUACCCAAUUUUAGAACAAGUAUACUCUAAAAUUGCUGUAGUAUUGGUGACUAAGGUCUUUGAAUUUAUUGCUAUUUCGUUGCUUGGUCACUAUUUAAUUGAUCAAUUGUUUGUUCAAUUAACACUUGAUGAGGAACCAAGUUAUAAAACUCGGUUGUCAACUACAAUAUCGACUCCAAUCUGGGCCAAGUAUAACUUGAAUUUGUAAAGUAGUAUAGGGUAGACCCUCGAGGUUGUAUUCUAAUAGGCACCUUAGGUUAACUAAGAAAGAAAGAACAACCAACUAACUUGUUGGGAGGUUGGUAAAGAUGAGAUAGUUGCUUAAGAUCGAAUCCUUAUAGUAGUAGGAUAGGUGUAUGAUUGAUGCAAGCCCUACCCCGACUUACAUGACUUCUAAGUUGCGAGAAAUCAUCUAAUCUAGUGAUUGUUGCGAUGGUCACGACUUAACCACACUUCUAGGCCUCUAAACUAGCUCAAUGGUCUUGUAACUAGCUAGACACCUAUAGCUCAAUUAGGAUUUUUCCUUUACAAAUGGAAUUUCGACUCGAUAGUCACGUAAUACAUAUCCCACAAUGAUUUAUGUGUGUUCUAAUCCUAACCUAGGGUAACGGUCAUCACAACCUAGGUCAAGAUUAUGCACUAAUUACCUCUAUUGAAGCAAGUUAAUGACAUAAUUAAACUUAAAACAAGCAUAAAUAGAUAAAAAUUAGGGCUAGGUUCAAAUUAAAAAAAAAAACAAUAAUAAUUACAUACCUGAAUUCAUUUCCCCAAAACAACAUAGAGGUUCAACUCAUAGAGAGAAAUGGAGUUUAUAGAUGUUUCUGGUGCACAUCACGACCGUAAGGCAUAAAUUGAGGGUUGGCCGUGACAUUUGACAAAACAAGAAGUAGAAAGUAUGUCACGGCCACGUCAUGACUUUGCAUCGAGAUCGCGGUCUCUAUCUCUGUGUUCACAGUCGAGAUGCCAAAGUCACAGACGUGAUCUUUCUUGCCGGUAGAAUCCUUUUGGUUCGCUAGCCGGCUGGUGAAACUUUCUGUUCAUUUUUGCUUCGGAGGGCAUGCACGCCCAAGGGGUCACGACCAUGACUUGUCUAAGGUCUCAUUUUCUUGCUUCUAUGUAUUACAAACGUGCCCGGAUGAUCCCCGAAUCGAUUUGAAAUCAAAUUAUGGCUAAUACAAGACCUAUCAUAUC